UUUCCCGGCCUGACCGAGUUUUCCUCGAACACAAAUCCGAAACGAGCUUUGACUGUUGCGUUUUGAAAUUCCUCUGGCGUAGUGUGGAUAGAAAACAUUUGAUGCGAGUUUCAGAGUGAAACCUCCGUUUUCAAAUUUUUCCGGCAUAGUGUGGACGGGCCCAGGUAAAUGUAACUGGUUCUUGUUGCGCGGACGUGAAGAGGGGACAAGUCCCAUCGUGUGUUCGCAUAGGCCAUAUAGGACGCAUGUCGCUGCGCACGAAGUGGAUGUACAAGGUCAUGAUUUGAAAGUGAAAGUAAUUCUGAAAUUUCUGACUAUAUAAGCUUGCUUUUAAACUCGUUAGUGCCUGACUAUUUCAUUUUUGGAGGGACAAAAAAAGUGUCUAGUCGAAGUGUGUAUUGCGAUCGUCAUACAGCUGGAUGCGGUUUUCCAUUUCAAGCAUGGCCAUCUCUACUGGCGCUCACCUGUUUUCCUACUCGUGCCUUUUCCAAUAGUAAUUUAUUAAAUUUAAUUAGAGCCCGUUUGACGCUUAUUUAAAUUAAAAAUGGAGCGGUAAUCUUUUUUUAUACUUUGUGUGCCAUUUAAUGAAUUUUAUAAUUUGUCCGCUUCUCGGAAAAACUGACAGAAAAGAUCGAAAUAGAGCUCUAAGAGUCUUAGGUCUGCACGCGUUGUCACACAGGAAGCAGUUUUUCAAUUCUGCCUGGAAAAAAUGAGGGGCGCUUGUUCGAGGAGGCGCUAAAUUGGGUGGAGGGCGUCUAAAUUGGAUCAUUCUUAUUUCAUUAUGUAAUGCCAAGUAUCUUGGUUAUACCGAAUUAACUUUAGGGUUUGGAAGAACUGCUUCUUUCUAACAAUAUAUAUUGCUAUAUGGUCAAAUUUAGCUUCUGUAGCAGGUCGGGAGUUUCCCGCCAAAUUAGGCGAAAAUACGCCGACUGCAAGUUUCGUGUUUGUUCCGGAUUCAGUGGGGUUUGACCUCACUCAGGCUUGGCCCUUAGUUAUCGGAAGUGUCGGCGAGUACAUGUCAAUUUUAUGCAUGCACUCUUUACUGUCUGUCUAUGCUUGCUCUGCGUGUCUUUUCGCGUUGGCGCUGUGUCCAUGCUCCGACUUGAUUGCCCAGAACGGCACUUUUUUAAUUAUACAAAAGUGGUCAAGGAGCUGAUUAAGGAUAGCGUCCAGUAAAUAUUACUUAAAAUAAGAUACAGCGCUGAAUAGUGAAGUUAUUCGAAUCUGAGAUGACAACAAAGGAAUUGAAGGGCCCUGAAAUAUUCAUAAAUGCGAGAUGCUACUGUGGUGACGUCACACGGUGAUUUCUUGUCAAUGGAAGCUCGGAAGCCAUGUUCAUUAUCCCGCCAUUUUGAGAGAGCGCGAACAAGCGGCUGAUAGUUGGGAGGCCUUUUGGGCGUUAAAAAGGCGAUAUUUUUAACUCCAAGAUGAGCGAAGGUGGCGCUUCGGGUAGCUCGGAAGAUCUUGAAGAAGAAUCCGUGUAUAUGUUAUGUGGGUUGUGUAAAAAGCCGCCGGUGGACACGAGUCCGAAGCUUCUCCCUUGCCUUCACUCUUUCUGUUUGAAGUGCUUGGAAGAGCGUUUCGCCGAACAACAGCAAGAGAAGGUCCCUCCGACAACAGCCAGUACUUCGUCGAACUCGAUUCCAAGGCUCAAAUGCCCGAAUUGUGGUCAAGAGUUUUUAGUCCCUCCGAAAGGAGUCCAUGGCUUCCUGGAUAAUCAGUUCGUGUUAGAAAACAUAGGAAAAUUGCAGAGAAAACAGGAAGAUGUGAGGCGGUUUUGUACUUCUUGCGAAGACAACAGUCCGGCUUCGUCGUUCUGUUUGAACUGUAGUGACUGGCUUUGCGAUGCCUGUGUUUCUGCUCAUCAGAGAGUUCGAGUAACUAAAGACCACAAGAUUCAGUCGGAGGCACAGUAUUUGGAAAACUCCGAGUCCGCAGACGCGAAACCCAUUUUCUGUAGCACUCAUCCACAAGAGGCUUUAAAACUGUUCUGUGCAAACUGCGAGAAAUUGACUUGUCGGGACUGUCAACUUCUUGAACAUAAAGAUCAUAAAUAUCAGUUUAUUAAGGAAGCGGCAGUUAGUUACAAAGAUUACCUACGAGGACAGCUGAAUCGGUUGUACGAACAAGCACAACCGUUAACAGAAUCAAUCCGCGAAGUCGAAAAAGCCGCGAAAGGUUUACAAGAACGGGAAGAAAGCAUUACAUCUGAAAUAAAAAAGUCAUCAGAGAUGCUUGUUAAGGCUGUUAAACAGAGGGAGAAUGUCUUGUUAACAGAGUUGAAAGCUCUUGUACAUUUUAAACACAAGCUUUUGUCCAAACAAAAUAAAGACCUUAGGCUGAUGCAAAAGAUUUUACAGCACAAUUACGGAUUUACCAGACACGUACUAAAGAAUGGCAGUGAUAUGGGAUUGUUGUACAGCAAGAGACAGCUUAGCUCAAGAAUUCAAAAUUUAUUAAGCCUCAAGUACAAUGUCUUGCCAGUGGCUCACAGUGAUUUGAAAUUUUCUGUAGAAACAGAAAAGCUGUGUUCUGUCAUCUCAAAACUUGGAAGUGUCAUGACUCCAGCAGACAGGAAUAAUGCCACUUCAAGCAGGCCAGAUGCAUCCUUUCGUGGUUUAUCCAAUGCCAGUAGCUAUGCACCUCUUCCAAGCAGUUCACUCCCCUCAGCAGUGUCCAGCCGUCCUGUCAGUUCAGGAACCCCAAUGCGGCCCAACCCUAUUGAAGCCCUCUCUGCCGUCAACAAGCGCUUAGGCCCACCAAGCAGUCAGUCUUAUUCUACGAACAAAUAUCCUUCUCUUCAAGCUGCAAUUGUACACCCGUCUGGUGCUAAUUUAACUAUAAACACUAAAGUUGGUGUUGUACCUGCAAACAGUGCAUCUCGACCAGCACUAGCAUCAGGUGGGCGAAACCUUCAAAUGAAGUCAGGCAGUGGCCUUUCCAACAGCAGUUUUACUUUCGGACAGAGAAAUCCGACUGUUAGUAAUCUGUCAAAUAUGACAUCCUUGUCCCAUCCGCGUCCUGUUCGAAAUGGCAACACCCUCCCUUUGCGACACUUUCAGGAUAUUGGGAGCAAAAUUGGGAAGUCACCACCACCGAGACCGCCAAGCACAGGAAGCAACCACAGUCAUCAAAGCACAUCACCGCUUAGUGAUUCAUCUGGUUCUUUGCCAAAACAGAAUGGCUGGGAAGAGCAAACAGCUGCCAAUGAUUCACCUGGUCAAGUCUUGAAAGCAGUGUCCAGCCGUCCUGUCAGUUCAGGAACCCCAAUUGUUCCUGAUUCGGUGCCCAAACUGCUCCCUGUGGUAAAGAGAAGCAAUAGUUCCCAGGGAAUACCAGACCCUGUGAUACCACCUUCAGUGCCCAAACUGCUCCCUGUGUUGAAGAGGAGUAACAGUUCCCAGGGAAUUCCCAACCCUGUGGUAUCCCCUGUUGUAUCUCCGACAGCAACCUCUCCACCACCAGUCAAGAUCAAACAAGAGAAACCAGAAUCUCCUAUGGAUUUCUCUCCUUGCCAAGAAUCCAAGAAGCAGCAACAAGAAGAUGCCACUAGUGGAGAGAGUGGAAUUGACGAGACCAGUACAAACGACGAUUGGUGUGCUGUGUGCCGUAAUGGAGGAGAGCUACUUUGCUGUGACACUUGUCCAAGAGUCUUCCACUUACAGUGUCAUGUUCCCUGCCUUGCCACCCUUCCAAGUGAUUCAUGGAGCUGUGGUUUAUGUCAGCAUGUUGACUGGAACUUCUUAAAGCAGAAAGAUAAGGAAACCACCCUUCCAGGCAAUAAAAGGCGAUCUUCAUGUAACGGUCUGACAGAGUAUGAGAGAAAGGUUUGUGAAAAGAUUCUACUUGAGCUGUUUUGUCAUGCAGACAGUAUUCCAUUCCAACAGAAAGUCAGCAAAUCGGUUCCUAAUUAUUACAAAGUCAUCACACAUCCCAUGGAUUUGUCAAAUGUUCGUGCCAAGCUUCAAACACAGAACUUUGCACACUAUCAAACCUUUAAUGAGUUUGUUAGUGACUGCCGUCUCAUCUUUGAUAACUGUGCGAUAUUUAAUGAAGCGACCUCUGAAGUUGGAAAAAUGGGUCACAACUUAGAAAUGUAUUUUGACACUAUACUGAAAACGUAUGCACCUGAUUUUGUUGAGCCAACUGGAGAACCAAAACCAAAGAGGAAGAAAGAUGAAGCAAGGAUGUAUUUACUGAAUCACUAACUUAAUCAUUAUUUUGUUUCCUUUGAUUGUAAGAAUUGAACAUUCAAACUCAGCAAUUCUUCAAUCAGCACAUGAAAAAAUGAAGCAGUCACUUCUGCUGUUUUUAAUCUAUUCUUACCGCAAUCUUUAUUCCUUUGACCCGGUGAGAAACAUUGAACUAGUGUAAUAAGACUUUGCUGUAGUUUAGGUCUUUCAGCAGUGCUGUGACUUAUCCUAUUGUACAAUAUUAUCAUGAAAGCAUUUGCGCAACUGCCGAGAGGAUAUUACAGUGCUAUGCACAUUACUGUUGCCACCUAGGAACGUUUGAUUAGUUUUUGACAACCUUUUUACAUCUUUAUAACAACUUCUGAUGGUUUCCGUUUCAAGUGGCCAAGCAAACGUCCACAACCUGCCGCCAGUUUCAAACUUGUGUAGGCUGAGACUUUUGAAAUUCCUACAAGAAUGAAUGGUUAAUUUGACAACUUAAUAUCUCCACCCAGGCUUUUAGCCAGAUUUGAAAAGUGGGGGUCCAAAAUGUGCUAUAGGGCCUGCUCAAAUGAACAAUUUAUAAGGCAGCAUAUGAAAAAUAAAACAAUUUUCUUUAAUGAGUGGCCAUCUACGGGAUGCCUGGAUGCCCAUCUGGCUAAAAGCCUGUCUCCACCCAUGACAGUUCCCAUGUUUUUAUGGACCAGUUCAAAUAGAAGCCACAAAGAGUUGUCAAAAAGAUGUCAAAAUUUAAUCAAAGACUUUCCCAAUUGGCAAUGGUAUGGUGCUUAGCACCAUAAUUAUUUGUCCAUGCACGCCAGUAAUUAUUAUAAAUAGUAAUCGUCAUAAUCGUGUAGAACAUGUACAUGUAUAUAAAUUAUGCUAGCACUCCAAAUAUAUUUUGCGUGCACAGCAGUGUUAGUGGCAGAGUAUUUAAGAUUGUCUCAAGGAAGAAAGGCCUAUUGAAACACAACUUGCACCAGUUGGAUUAUUUUUUUAGUUUUUAACUUGGUUUAGGCACAAAUGAAAACACAUACCAUUUAGUUUCCAAAAGUGUUUUGAUGUUAAGUAAUUUCCUUACAAUGAUUGAUUGAGGGGACACACAUAAAGGGGAGACUGUCUGAAAUACAUGUAAUUAGUGACUGGAAGUUCAGGACUAAUGGCUGAAGAAAACACACAGACCUAUAUUAAUUUUUGGUCAGACCCCUAGCUGUGGAUAGUUUGGUUUAUGCCUGUUUCCAAAGAAAAGAGAUCUGAGGUUAUAAGCACUCUUAGUCUAACCCAGUAAAUUACUCACAGUGUGAUCGAUAGGUUUGUGUCAUGUAUCGACUGAUAGUCAGCACCAAGAUAAUGCAUGCAAUUUUUCAUUUAUCACUACCUUAAAAAGUGGUGAUCAGAAAUAUAUAAACCAUCAAUGAAUCAGUUCAAUUUCUGUAGGAUGUGGCCUCCAGUUUUAGUAUCCACCUGCUAUGUCUAUCAUGGGGUUGGCCAUUGCAAUGAAGAAACUCUUUUACACUUGGUUUUACAUGAUUUCAUACAAAAUAAUUUACCAUAACGCUGGGUGACUGACGCUUGGAAUACUUUUAGCAAAUGUUGAUGUAAAUUUAUAGUUGAAAGGAAACAACUCCAUUACAGAAAACUGGAACAUGUGCAUACUAACAAAGGGAGGAACCAUUACUCAGAUCAGUAACUGGGUUACACUGACAAAAACAUUUUGAUCACCCUCUUGGUUUGUAGAGAUAAUCUGUAUUUAUGACUCGAGCUUGUAGUCAAAUAUUUACAAUCCUUAAUAAGUUGAUAAAACAAGGUGAAUUAACUCCUGUCAUAUGGCAAAUUUCAAAAGUUGACAUUCUGUUUGCUUGUGCAAAAGGUUAAUGAGUGUGAUUCUCAGAUGACCCUAAGAUCACUUGGUCUCCCUCCCUCCCAAGAGCUAGUAUUUGAAACAUCAGUCUCUCAGAUUUACUAAGACAUAAUUUUAGACUACCUUUACCCAUUCCAAGUUGAUAAUCAACUAGUGUUAAUCAAAUAGUGUUUCAUGUAUCCUAGCCGAUGCAGCAUAAUAGACUAAUCUCUGUCUUUGGUUUGUUGAAUAGCAAUUAAGCAUGGAGAUAUUUUUAUAACAAUUAUAUCAAUACACAUUGAUUUUAGAGUACAAUAUUAAUUUACUGUUUCUUUCUUUAGCAAAACAAAUAUCACACCCUACAAACAUUUAAAGAUGGGCCCUGGGGGAUGGGAGAGAAUUUUCAGGCCUUAGGGCUUUACGAUUGAGGGAAUUGUGCAAAGUCUCCCACAUCCACCACUGAAAAUGUUUACAUCACAAAACAAAUUCACUGGUGAAGGAGCUUCAGACGUUCGCAACAACAUAAACAUUUUUCUCUCGACAGGAAUUUUAUCUUGAUGAAGUGAGCUAAGACUAAUGAUGGGUGUAAGGCAUGGUUCCAGAAAAUAUCCAUAUAUCCCCAUAAAUUAUAUAGAAGAUGGUUGAAAAUUUGAGGGGGUGUGGUCUCACAAGCCAAAAAAUUUAUAUUGAGGGAUGGGAGGGUAUGGGUAUUUUGUGGAACAAUACAAUAAAACAUGAGUUUUUAUCAUGCUGUAGUGAUGUGAUUUUUCUGUGAAAUGACAUUAUUUUGAAAUAGUUGUCUAUUCUGUACUUUAAUCCACACAAGCAUAGCUUUAGUAAAUAUUUAGUUUUAUGUGGGAGUUCACAUUUUCCUAUCGUACUUAAGGAAAUUUUUAGUAACCUUGAAACUCUUAGGAUUUGUGACUGAUUUUCAGAUUGAGGUGUAUCACUUUGACCUUUAUCAUCAAAAUAAUUAACUCGCAUAAGGAGAGUAAAAAGUAUAUGAACUAGUCAUCUAAAGUCAGGAUGUUCUCCAGUCAGUAAUAAAUUAUUUAUUAGAGUUGAUAUUGUUUCAUGUAUUUAGCUGUAGGUUUGCCUUAUGGCUAGUUAAAGUAGAUUUCAUGUUGGAUAAAUGACCACAUAAUACUCUGUUUAGAUUGAAAACAGCAAGUGUUCAAGGCUGUUUUACAUGAUGACUGCCAACUACAACUAGACAUGCCUAACUGUGGUUAUUCAACUUGUGUCCCUUAAAGUAUUUUGCUCUCCUGAAAGUGAGUGCUUGAACUUGUAGAGUAGCAUUCAAUACAAGUUUUGUCUAAUUUUGUUGAAUUUUCUUGCAUUCUCAAGUUAUCAUUUAAAAACCAGCCUUCAUGGAGAAACAAUCACAGUAUUUUCUAUUAAGUUGCAAAUAGAAACUGAUUUAAUACAUGUAGAUUACGUAUACUAUUAGCGCACAACUAAGUGGGCAGUAACAUUGUGUGUUAUCAAGGUUCAGUAGGUCCUGUAGAGGAUAAGAAAACUGAGAAAUUUACAUUAGAAUGUAAACAAUAUCAAAGUGCAAUCUCUCUCAUUUCCCUUGCCCAAAACAUCUGCUCUGCUUGCCAAGAUGUACAGUAGUUCACCUGAAGUUGUUCUUCUGAACAGUAAUGUUACAAGAGUUUUUGCUCACUUUUCAAUCAAAGAUUAGUUUUGAUUCAUUUAUACUGGUGACCCCUAAUUUUAAAGUGUCUUUGGACCUCACAAUUAUUUUACACCACAUUCCUGAGUGAUAACAGUAGUAUCAUUAAAUUAUUUUUGUCAAUACUCACGUGAUGUAAACUGAAGUCAUUCAAUAAAGAAAGUGGUAUAUGUACCAAAGACUGUGAUAGAAAGUGUACAUGUUAUCUUUACAGAAUAGAAGCACAGCUAGUAUGUGCUAACCUCUCAUUUGGGUUUACCCCGCAUGGGUUUCAGCAACAGUGAGUUGUGAGCUAAUGGCAAGUCAGGAAUUGCAGCAGUGGCAGAGCUAGGCUGGGAGUGGUCUCUCUUCGCUCGAACAUCUGCAGGG